CACCUAAAGGACUGCUCCUUCACUCGGCAAGAACCUCUUACGGCAGAAUGUCCCGCCACCUGCGACGCGCGAGCACGCUGCUCGCCCGCCUAGCAGCACAUGGCGCCAACAAAGAGCCGCUGGUGGCAAGCAUGGCCGGUCGCGCGCUGGCGCAGAGCGUCGUGCAGAUGCCGAUGUGGCAGAUUGUGCAGCCCCGCGGAUUCGCGUCCAGCUCUAGCUCGGACGACGAAUUCUUUGAGGAGGAUCAGAUGCCAAUUAUCUACCCGCCUUCUCAGGUCCGUGUGGGCGAGCGGGCCCCGAACUUCAGUGCCCCCGCUGUGGUGGAUGGUGAGAUCACCAAGAUCAGCCUGUCUGACUACAAGGGCAAGUACGUGUGCCUAUUCUUCUACCCCAAGGACUUCACGUUCGUGUGCCCCACUGAGAUCAUUGCCUUCUCGGACCGGGCCAAAGAGUUUGCGGCUGCCAACUGCCAGCUGAUCGCUGCGUCCACGGACACGGAGGAGACGCACCUGGCCUGGAUCCGCACCCCCCGCAACCGCGGCGGCCUGGGCUACAUGCAGAUCCCCAUCCUGGCCGACACCACCAAGGACAUCUCCGCCAGGUAUGGCGUGCUGAUCGAGAAGCUGGGCGUCGCCCUGCGCGGCUUGUUCAUCAUCAACCCGCAGGGUGUGGUGCAGCACGUGACCAUCAACGACCUGCCCAUCGGACGCUCGGUGGAUGAGGCGCUGCGCACCCUGCAGGCCAUCCAGUACCAUGCCGAGCACGGCGAGGUGUGCCCUGCCAACUGGAAGCCGGGCAGCAAGACCAUGGUGGCUGACGCGGAGAAGAGCCUCGAGUACUUCUCAGAGGUCAAGGAGGCUGACGACGCGGGCGCCUUUGGCUCCAAGCUGCACGCCAUCGCCAGCCGGGCCGAGUACGACAAGCUCACGCGGGAGAGCCAGGGGCUGGUGGUGGUGGACUUCUACGCGCCGUGGUGCGGCAAGUGCCGCCAGAUCGGCCCCUUCCUGGACACCCUGGUGGACAAGUACCCGGGCGUGACGUUUGCCAAGUUCGACACCACGGCGCCGGAGCUGGAGGUGGCUGCGGGCGAGCUGGGCAUCAAGGCGCUGCCGGCCUUCCGCUUCUUCAAGGGCGGCAAGGAAGUGGGCAGUCCCGUCACCGGCUACAAGAAGAAGCCGCUGGAGGACGCCGUGGCUGAGCUGGCCAAGUAGAAAGAGGGGGGGCGGACCUGGGCUGGCAGCUGGCCAAGUGGAGACCUGAUUGGCCAGGUCGUAGGGGCGGCAGCGGUGGAGCAAGGAGAUGAGAAGAGGGAGGGAGGAGGUGAGGAGUACAGGAGGAGGAGGCAGGAGCCAUGGGGUAGAGGCUUUGGAGCGGGCGGUUGUGGGAGCUGCCAGGCAACUGGAGGUAUGGGGGUUAGAGUGGAGGUUGGAGGUCCAACGGUACGACAGUGGGCAGAAGGGCAGCCCAUACGUCUGACGGAAUUGCUUUGCUUUGCUCGUUGCGUGUUGAUGUCAAAAGGGGAGGGUUGAUGUUUAUAGGACAUGACGUGUGUCGUAGUCUGUUCCGGCUGGGGAUCCAAUCCUGGAGUUGUUCGUUGGAAAGAUUCACCUGCAAAACGUUUGACUGCCAGUCUUAACGGCUUGGGUGUCUGGUUGCAUCAGUGCAUUUGGUGGCCUUCGUGUGCGCCUCAGUGCUCAAGAUACGGCCUUUGAACAAUCCGUGCAGGGGGAGGGCACGGGGGGAGGGGGACAGGGGGUACGACCCCAUGAGCCGAGGCCCAACCCUGAACUUUUUGGGCCCAUCAAUUUGCAAUGAUU